CUGCCAUCUCUGCCCCAGGAUGCUCCACCAGAAAGGCGGCACCGACCCCGAGCCGUGCCAGCACUCCUCGGGCUGCGGCCACGAGGGCUGGACACGGCCCCGCUCCCCUGAGCACUGCCACCACCCCGGCAGCCGCAGCCACGACCUCGAGGGCUCCUGCCAGAGCCCGCCCCAGGGCUGCCAGCCCUGCCAGCCCUGCCAGCCCCAACCCGCCUCCUGCAAACCCCGGCGCAGGGUGGAGGUGAGCCCGGUGCCCCCCGUGUGCCCCCCGCCCGUCAAAAUCCACCGGCGGCCCCUGGAGCAGCACCGGCCCGGCCCGCUCUGCCCGGAGCCCGAUUGCUGUGGGAAACCCCGGCGGAGAGUGGAGCAGAGCCCGGAGGAGGAUGAGGAGCCCCCGGUGGUGCUGCAGCCGCUGCGGCAUCGCUGUCCCUGCAGCCAGCGCUGCCCCCGAGCCGUGCCGCGCUGCCCCCGGGCCGUGCCGCGCUGCUGCCCGCCCGCUGUGCCCCUCCCACCGCACCCCUGCCACCAGCAGCAGCACCAGCAGCAGCAGAAAAUCACCCUGGUGCCGCUCUGCGUGAAGAACUGA